AUGACUAAGGUGCCUGUUCGUCCCUUUGGAAGUAGGAUCGGUCGCCCCAAUGAUAUGACUUCGGUCGUGAUAAUAACAACGAAAUACCUCUUCGCGUCUGCGGCGGCGGCGAACGUCCUCCAGAAUUCUAUCAUGUUGGGCCGACAAACUAUCCUUAGCUGGAAAUGUACUUCGUCGUAUCUGGAGAUUGCAUGGGUUUUUCUGGCUCUUGUGCCGCUUGGACUCUCGAUUGCAAGUAUUAUGUUUGAGAGUAAAAGCGCAGCGGAGCAGAAACGAAAAAACCAAAUUGGUCUCUUCGAUUCAUUAGCGAACCUCGCGGGUGCUGGACACGUUACGUGUGGUACUGUGAUCCUGUCGGCGGUGCUUUUUAUCGGGACCCUUGAUGCGUUGGGGGUUUUUGCGAGAUUUGCGGCUUCGGCUCUUGUCUGUCAACUUAUUACAGUGCUUGAACUAGAUGACAAAGAUGAAAGUAAGGAAGGGAUAUGGCUACCGUUAAGACAAGGCCAACAUACGGUGGAUGGGAAUUAG